UGUAAUGUGUUAUACAAAUUAUUUUAGACCCGAGAAUCAAAUGGACUUAAGGAUGGUCCCCUGCCCAGUGUAUUCUCAAUGGGAGUGGAGGAUAUUGCUGCAUUGAGAAUUCAAACUGCUUAUCGUUCCUUUCGGGCUAGAAAAGCUUUGGGUCGUAUGAAAGGAGCAGUAAAACUUCAGGCAUUGAUAGAGGAUAACUCAGUUAGAAGACAAAUAACAAGUGCUCUGAACCAUAUACAUGUUUGGAGCAGAAUACAAGCAGAGAUUAAAGAUAGAAGAAUCUGCAUGGUUGUGGACGAGAGGAUGAGGCAGAGGAGAAAUGAAAACAAGCUGAAACUCGAGGCUAAGCUUCAAGAUGUUGAGGUGGAAUGGUGUGGGGGAGCAGAGACUAUGGAGGAAAUCGUGGCCAAGAUAUACCAUAGAGAAGAAGCUGCCAUCAAACGAGAGAGGUCCAUGGCAUAUGCUUUCUCACAUCAGUGGAGGCCUGAUAAUGCAAGAUGGUUUAGCCAAGCUUAUUUUGAUCUGAGUAAAGAGAAUUGGGGAUGGAGUUGGAAGGAAAGAUGGGUAACUCUCCGACCUUGGGAGAUGAGGAUCAGGACUCGAAAGGUUGCGAAAACUCCAAAUGGUGGGAUUGGGAAUAAGAAUAAGAAGAAAAUUAUGGCAAAAAUUAUCAAUGGUGGGAAGGAAACUACAGAAUCAAGCAUAAUAGUAAAACCUUCUUCUUCUUCUUGUUCAUAGUUGGUUCAUCCAGAUUGUGUGUGAUAUGAUUUGGUUGAAAUGAAAAUGGGGAUGUUUUUGUUGUGUAUAAGUUCAAGUUGUAAGAUCAUAUUUGUUACAUUUAUGUUAUUAUUGUUUUUGUUAUUUACAAAUUUGUAUUUUGCCACUAUCUAUAUCACAAACAUUGUAAGAUUUCAGAUUAUAAAAUUAAAAGUUGUUUU